UCUAGAUCUAGGUAAAAUGGCAGCCGAAAGACGAGCCAGAAUGUAUUUUGGUUUAGUCGUUUGUUUUUCUUUCAGAGAACUAACAGUUUGAACUUUACAUUGUGCAUCAAGUAUAAUGGAUUUUAGUACUUCUCUAAAGGACCACCAAGAGGAAGACAAAGCUCUCAACACCACUUUAGAAAGUGAAAAUGAUGUAGACCCAGCAGAGCUUGGUACUGAUGAGGAGAUUGAUUCUCUCUUCAGUAACAAUGGGGUAGCUGAUGAAAGCAAAGAAGGCAUCAGUAAUCAAAAUGGGAGGAAUAGUAAUGUGAAUGAUCAGCUAGAAGUUUUCCGCCAGCAAUGGCAAAAUGAACUUCAGAAAAGACCUGAAAGUGGAAGUCAAGGUCAGAGUCCCAGGAGCAGCCACAGUGAAAUAAAUGUAGCCAGCAACAAAACCAAACAAGCAACAGAUCUGGAGAAUGAGGCUCGAGCUUAUUUUAUGCAAGGCAUGCAAGCUGAAGAUGAUGGCAUGCUAAAUGAAGCCAUCUACUAUUAUAGAAAAGCUUUGCAGCUGGUGCCAGAUAUAGAGUCUAGAUUAGGCUCAGUCUUCACUAAAGUUCCUAGGGACAGAGUGCGCAUAGAUAGUGAAAGUUCUGUUGAAGGGAGGUAUAACUUUAAUUUUAAUAAUAUUAAAAUUCAUUUCUGCAAAAUUUUCACCCUUGAACACUUAACAGUUAUUGAAUUAUCAUCAAACAUACUUUUAAACUAUACUAUUUUGUGUAUGUUUAGUGAGAUUGAAGAAGACCUGCUUUCUCAUUUUGAACAACUGAGACUAAAAGAUGAUGCAUUGUGUCAGCCUGAUUAUGAGCAAAGGAUGACCCACAUUUCUUGUUUGCCUAUUGAAUUGAUCAGCUAUAUCCUACAGUGGGUUGUGUCUAAUGAUUUGGAUUUUAGAUCUUUAGAGAUGUUUUCAAUGGUUUGCAGAGGUUUUUAUGUGUGUGCAAGGGAUGAAAGAGUGUGGAAAAAGGCUUGUGAGAAAGUUUGGGGAAUAAAUGUCGGGAGUUUAAAGAAAUAUGGUGGAUCAUGGAGAAGGAUGUUGAUUGAGAGGCCACAUUUACUCUUUGAUGGAUGCUACAUCAGUAAAGUAACAUAUGUAAGACAAGGUGAGGAAAGCAUGGAUAGUUUCUACCGUCCAUUUCAUUUGGUUGAGUACUUCCGUUAUGUCAGAUUUUUCCCUGAUGGUCAGCUGUUGAUGCUUGUGACACCUGAAGAUCCGUUGCAAUCGCUGCAAAAGUUGAGAUACAAAAACUCUAAAACUCCUGGCAUUCUGAAAGGAGUUUACAAGCUCACUGAUCAUAAGGUGGCUUGUAUUCUAAAACGUGUCAAAACAGAAUCAACAAUGAACAACAGGUACAAGCGCCACAGACAAGCAGCCAAUCAAAAUGAAAUAGAGAUGACUUAUACUGUGGAAUUUGAUGUUGUUUCUUGUGGCAGAAAGCCCAAUGCCCAGCUUGUCUGGUGUAAUUAUGCAGUUACCUCAGUUCAGAAACUGACCGGUGAAGAAAAUAUUAGCAACUUUGAUCUGAAUAAACGCUCAUUCCCGCCCUUAAUCUUCUCUCGUGUGAGGAGCUACACCGCAGCGUCUUCAGAGCCUUUGGUUUAACUGUGUUUUAGAUUAUUUCUGUUUGACCAGCUUGGCUGGUUUUCUGGUUGUUGUUUGUGUUUUACAUCAAAAUACUUUACAUUGUUAUAUUUGGGCAUGAGGUGUUUUUUUUUAUUAGGUUUUAAUUUUAGGUUUUGAAAGUUAUGCAAUUCUUUUUUAGUAGUUGAAGACAAUUAUUGAGUUUUCUCAGCAGCAUUAUUAAUGAGUGUUUGCGGAUUAUCUUAUUUUAGUCAGACUUGAAUUGUGUAUUAUGUACAACUGUAUUAUUUUAGAAGUUUUAAGUUUAUAGUUUAGUUUGUUGGUUUUUAUCCUGGUUAUUUGUAUCUUGUGUGGUUUUGCAGGGUUUUGCCAAAGUUUACACCUGACUACCUGUACUAAUUGAGCACAAUAGCAUUGCAUAAUACACAAUAUUAUGCAUACAUUCAUUUCUGGGUGUAUAUGUGUACAGCUAACAAGCUGUGGUGGGUGGGGGUGCAUAUUAAAAAAGAUAAGCACAUUUUUAAAGUGAUGUUGUAUAUUAAGUUAGUAUUAAGUAUUAUAUUUGAAAAUAUAAAAUGUAGUAUCUCUAAUGCACUGUAAAAUUCAGUAAGAUAAAAUCAUUCUAAUAAGUGAAAAAAACAAAGUACCUUUAAGAAACAAAAUUUGCCCUUAAGUAUUUUAUAGUAGGAUUAACAAAAACAAUUCAACCAUAGUGAAUUAUCUUUUCAUGAGAAAAAGCACUUGU